AUGCGGAGCCCCUCCUUUCUCUCGCGGCGGCCGCUGCCGCUGUUCCUACUGCUGCUGUCGCCGUGGCCAGUCUGGAUCCAGGCGCCCCCCGCAGCCGCCCCCUCGGCAACCCCCGUCUCGGCAACCCCGGGCGCCCCGGACUGCCCCGAGGCGUGCGCGUGCGCGCCAGAGGGCCAAGCCAACUGCUCCGGGCGCGCGCUGCCCGCCGUGCCAGGGGGCCUGAGCCAGCGCAUGCGCGCGCUGCUGCUGGACCACAACCGCGUGCGUGCGCUGCCGCCCGGCGCCUUCGUGGGCGCUGGCGCGCUGCUACGCCUGGACCUGCGCGAGAACGGACUGCGCUGGGUGCACGCGCGGGCCUUCUGGGGCCUGGACGCGCUGAAGCAGCUCGACCUCAGCGCCAACCAGCUGGAGGCGCUGGUGCCCGGCACCUUCGCUCCACUGCGCGCGCUUUGCGUCCUCUCGCUGGCCGGCAACCGGCUGGCGCGUCUAGAGCCCGCGGCGCUGGGCCCGCUCCCGCUGCUGCGCACGCUCAGCCUGCAGGACAACGAGCUGCCCGCCCUCGCACCCGCGCUCCUGGCGGGCCUGCCCGCUCUCAACACGCUGCGGCUGCGCGGCAACCCCUGGGCCUGCGGCUGCGCGCUGCGCCCACUCUGCACCUGGCUGCGCAGGCACCCGCUGCCCGCGCCAGAGGCCGAGACGCUGAUCUGCGUGUCGCCGGGGCGCCUGACGCUCAGCCCCUUGACCGCCUUCCCCGACGCCGCCUUCAGCCACUGCGCGCGGCCCCUUGCCGCGCGGGAACUGGCCGUGGUCUACGCGCUCGGGCCCGUCUCCUUCCUCGCUAGCCUGGCCGCCUGCCUGGCGCUGGGCUCCGUGGUCACCGCCUGCCGCACGCGCCGCCGCCGCGCCGCCGCGCGCCGCCCGCCGAGGAGUCUGCCGGAUCCCGGUGCCGGCAUGGCCUCGCCUGCGGCAGUCGCCGCCGCCCAAGCCUGAGCGGGCCGCGGCCGCCCUCGAACCUUCCCCCUAUCCCCUGCCCUCCUUCACACUCCCUGCAGGCGUCAA